ACCCGGACCCUCGGAGCGUCACAUGCAAACAUGAGCGUCCUCCCGUGCAGCUUCGUCCUCGUCCUCGUCCUCUCCGUCCUCUCCGACGCCAAGCGGCAGUCCGGUCAGACCAAACCCGACAAACCUCGCCAGCCUCCGACGGAGCCGCCGCCGGCCAAGAGGCCCAGGAACCGCUCGGUGCCGGGCUCGGGGGAGCUGUCCACCAAGGAGGGACACCGCUGCACCUGGGAGACGUCCGGCGACGGCCUGGUGAGCCUGGUGGUGAACUGCAGUACUGACACGCUGGGGGAGCAGCAGAGGUACUGGUGCCGUUACGCCGGGAAGCCCGACCUGUGCCAGGCCUACGGCGUGAAGUCCAGCCAGUACUGGAAGCAGCUGGUGGGGAAGCUGAAGAAAAGACAGAACGCCUGCGACGGAGAAAAAGUCCUGAAAGCCAAGACCUGCAAGAAGGCGCCGGCCGAGGCCCACAUGAAACUCGCCCAACACAGCGGCGAGGAGGAGAGGAAGGGCGGGAAGGAGGGGGGGAAGAAGAAGGGAGCGUCUGCCGGCAAGAAUCAAGACGGAGGGAAGACUGAGAGGAAGAAGAAGAACGAGGAGGAGGAGGAGGAGAAGAAGAGGGAGGAGAGGACUGGCUUUGAGGAGGAGGGCGUGAUGAGCGACAUGCAGCCGGUGCAGAGCUACUGCAGCGACGGCUGGAGCUCCGUCUGCUCCUUCUUCAGCAGCUUCUUCGAGGGCUGA